GCGUAAACUUUCCAGCGCACAUGCUGCGGUGCUGCUGCGAGACCCAGCCCGAGGAUGGCUCCUCGCCCGUGCCCGCUGUACACAAAGAGGAAGCGCAGGCAGCAGGUGUGCGCGGAGGAAGGCGCCGUGCAUGGGCACAGCAAAUGGCCAAAAGGCGGUCGGGGGAGUCGGGGCUCCAACACGGGGUGUCCCGAUUCAGACACGAGCCCCCUUUGGCCGUUGUUUUUUUUGGCUUCCUGCCUGCUUCUGCCGUUGGCUCAAACACGCACCCCGGCACGCACAUAUGCACUAUGAGCGAUGAGCACCAGCCUCCGCAGACCGCUGCCACUGUACAUCGGCGUCCACACACCACAGCAUCAUGAUCCGAGUAAUGCGUGCCAUCCUGCUUGGUUUGUCCGAGCAAGGCUCUGACAACAAGGGACCUGGAAAAAGCCAUGGCCUGGACGAGACAGAGAGAGGACCAUCUCCUCCUGACGAUCGCGCGGCUUGUUCGAGGAAACCUCGGACGCGACAAACCGCAGCAGCGGCAGCUUCAGCAGCCGGUACUUGUCCGCCUCGAGGGCGGGGAGGUC